AUGAAGACAACAUGUGAUACUACUAGUACAACAUGUAGUAGGACGCCACCCUCUCACUGCGCGGCAAGCCCAAACAAGCGUCGCAAAACUGAAGAAGGCUGCUACCGCGCUGUUGCCUCCGCACCAGAAGACGAGGCGCGGGCUUUCAACGCGCUGUUGCAAUGGCUGGAAUCAUCAGGCGCCUCAUCGUCAGCUGCUGCAUCCGAAGAUAAGGUACUGUCCCGUUCUUCUGAUGAAUCGGAUCUGGAUUGCGAGCCUCUCUCGCUGUUUCCCACAAGGUACGGUCCACUACUACCAGAACAAGAACGAGAACACGAGGGUAGAGUACAAGAAGCAAGACAAGACGAAGGAACAGCGCUGGAACACCGCCGCUCUGAGGACGAAGAAGGCAUUGAAUACCCCACAGGAGAUGAACCCGAGACAGCCGAGCAAGAGGAUAGUGAAGCUGCGAAUGACGUGGCUCAAGAAGAAUCAACGCAGGAAGUGCAAUCUUCUUUUGAAGUGUCCAUCAAUGAUGGGCCUUGGGAAGCCAGCCACUGUGUCCUCGAACUGCUUGGAAUUGAUGUGGAUUCUUCUUCGUUGGCAGAUUCUCAUCCAGCCAUGGGGGUGAAGCAAUUGAGUUUGGUCUCGAAUCUGGAAACGUCGCUUCCCAUGUCGGUUCUAUCCACCACCCUUCAAAGAGCUGCCAAUUUGACCGCUCUCAACCUAUUCUCAAUUUCACUAGAAGGAAACAACCAAGAAUUUGAAACCUUUGUCCAGUGUCUGAAGCAACACACGGCACUCGAAGAAUUGCACAUUGUCGACUGCGGCUUGGUCGAUCCCACCGUAUCCGUUGACUCCUUACUACGAGCCUUGGCUGUCAUCCCUACGUUGCAUACCGUCGAAAUAUAUGCCAUGGACCUGGAACGACAGACUUCUCCACACUUGGGAGUCCGCUGGAUGAACCCAACGUCCCUGGCAUGCCUCGGGUCUUCCAAGUCCAUUACCACUCUUUGCUUGGAAGACUUGGAUCUCCCGAACGAACAUAUCAGGGCACUGGCCGAUUCACUCAAGGAAAACACAACCUUGGAGAGUCUGACGUUGUGGGAUUGCAACAUAUCCGAUCAGGGCGGACAAAUGAUUGCAGAGAUGCUGCGUGUCAACCACACAGUGGAAAAACUCGACUUGUCCUUCAAUGAUUUUGGUGAUGCCGCCCUCAAGGCAAUGGGGGAGGCAUUGAGUUUCAAUCAAACGGUUUGGUCUUUGGCGUUGCAUGGAAGCAAUAAUCUGUUGCCCCUCUCUGUGCAAACCCAGUCGCAGGAAUCCUCCUCCAAAGCUCUACUUCCUCCUAGGGCCGAUAGUGACGGGUACGAUGCAUUGCUGCACGUCUUGCAAGAGAAUAAUCAUGUCCUCAAGGAAGUGGUCCUGGAGACUGUCGAAGAUCCCCGUGUGGAUCUGUACGUCAUGAUCAAUCGGUAUCGGCAUGUUUUCCAAAACGAGGCUAUGGGACGUCGAGCACUCGUUGAUUUUCUCGGAAAUCACGCGCAGGUUGUUCCCAGUGAAGAAGGGGUCGAGUCAAGGAGGGGCUCACUCUUGCAGCAUCCCCCCACUCGCCGUGGUUGCCCCAAUACGAACUUGAGCUUCAUCUUUUGCUUGUUGCAGGCCAAUCCCGAGCUUUUCAUUGCGGCCUAG